AACUUCAAGUUUGUAUUCAUCAUGGCGGCUACUGACGGGUCAGUGAUCAAUUGUAAUAAUAAGUAAAAAAAAAAGUAUUUUCUUCAACGCUGCGUUAAGUGUCAAUAUUUUAUGAAACACAAUAUCAAAGACUAGUGUUUUCUACGAUUGAACAAUAUAUGUUCAGACAUUUUUUAUCUCACACGAAAGUCAUAAGUGCCACAAAAUCUCGGUGUGUCCGCACCUCAUUUCGAGUAUUCGGACGCCUGUCAUUCUUUUUUUCUUUCACAUAGUUAAUUGUGCGUAACUGUUAAAAAUUGAUAGAUUAUUGUCAAAAAAUUGAAAAUUAAGUUCGAAAAAGCUUUCCUUUGUUUAACGCGAUGAUGAAUUUACGCGACGAAUCCGAAUCACCGGUUUGCGAAACUCUUGAUCUCAGUGGUCAGGGGUUAAAAAAAUUGAGCAGGUGUCCGUCUGACGCUGACAUUAGUACGCUCAUUGUUGAUGACAAUGAACUCCAAAGACUUGAUAAUUUGGACUCUUAUCACAGGAUUACAAAGCUAUCUAUAGUGAGAAAUCAGUUGCUGCGUAUGUAUGGAGUUUCCAAGUUACAUAAUUUAGUAACUCUCAACCUUGCCAAUAAUGGUAUUUUAACAAUCGAGGGUAUCAAAGACAUGGUAAAUCUACAAACCCUUUGUCUUGCAGGCAACAACAUAAAGUCCAUAGAACAUCUACAUACCAACACCAAAUUGGAACAUCUCGACUUAUCAGAAAACAGCAUCAGUCAUGUUUCGGAUAUUUCAUUUCUACGGAAUUUGAAAGAAUUAUUCCUGCACAACAACCGUAUAAUAACAUUGAGACAAUGCGAACGAUAUCUACCAACUUCUCUGGAAACAUUGACACUGGCCAACAAUAAUAUAACGGAUCUCAAUGAAAUGUCGCAUCUCGGUGGUUUGACAAAUCUCAUCAAUUUCUCCAUCACAAACAAUCCAUGUGUCAGCAUGACCGGUAAUAUUUAUAGAGGGUUCGACUACCGUCCCUUUGUUAUUAAUUGGUGUAUGAGUCUCAAAUCCAUCGACGGCUACGCCGUGGAUCCCAUAGAGAGCCUGAAAGCGGAGUGGCUCUAUUCCCAGGGACGCGGUAGACAAUUUCGAGUUGGUGAGCAUUCUCUGCUGGUUCAGUAUCUCGCAUCGGUUUGUCCUUUGUCGGGAGAGUGCCUCGAAAACGAAACCGAUCGAAAGCUCAGGCUUAUAUUGAGCAAAGCACAACAUCAUCAGCAACAAUUGAAUCAGCAGGGUGAUUCGACCAACGCUCAUGGUAUGAGUUCGUCACCAGCUGCUAGACGAAGAUUAGGUCCGAAUAGAACAAGUUCUCCACGAAGACCCGUUGCCCCAAUGUUGGCAUACCACGAAGAUAAAUGCUUACAAUCACCAAAAUUUUAUGAAGCAAAGUACUGCGUCUGCCAGUCACCUUGCAAAGCUUCUUCGAGAAAUUCGAUGAGAUUGAGAUCACCCGAUCGUAUGGUAUCGAGUUGUCACAACGAUGCCAUGGUGUCAUCGUGUCAUGCUAUUCUCGGCAACGAUCAUGAGCCACUUAUGACCCAGAGCUUGGAUCCUAAUAUGCUUUGUGAUACACUCAACAACAGAUCAAGUCAUAAUUCCAAUCUUCAGGAUGUCGAAGAGACAUCGAGCCCGUUACAAGCAGCAACGAAACUCGUGCCAGUUCCAGAGUCUCUAAUGAGUCCGGAUUUUAGACCGCCUUCGGGUCUGUCACGAAUACUUCCUAAAACUCCCACGAGUAGAUUAAAUUCUCCCAUACAAACGACAAUACCGUCAAAAAUCUCAAACGACACAAAUGGGAAAGCUAUACCAAUUAUUAACACAGCUAAUCCAAUGGCAAAAACAAACGUUGGCAUAUUGAAAGCGAAUGCUCUUGCGAAAAGCAACUCAGCGUCGAAUUGUAUGAGUAAAGCAAAUAUAGCAAAACCAAUAGUCACGAGCUCUUUUAACAACGCGAAAUGUCCUCAUAGUGUCAAGAUCAAUAAUUAUGUACAGAGUAAAGCUAUGCCGGCAAGAAGAAACGCAAAAAAUUCACCGAAUUUAGGAAGAAGUCCAGCAAGACCGAAGACCGCUACUGAUAAACCAAAAAGUAAUUUAUCCAGAAGAACAGGUGAUGUGGAUAAUCAUAUCGCCAUUAGCAGUGACGAUGAAGAUAGCGAAGUUUGCCAGGCUAAGUUGGAUGGCAUACGUCAUAGAGCUAAUCAGAGACGUCAGGAAGAUACCAGUCGAGCUGAGGAUCAAACGGAAAAAGCUGCUGUAUGCAUUCAAAGAAUGUGGAGGGGUUAUCACGCGAGAAACUUGAAUAGAAAAGCAACAAAUAUACUGAAAACUAUUGAGAUGAUGAGAACAAACAAAUAUAUUCAGAAACUUUCAACGGAUAUGGAAGCAACGAGAACGGCACUUGAGAGCGAGCACAAAUUGCAAUUAUUGCAAAUGCAAGCAAUAAACGCGUUAUGGAAAAAAGUGGUUAGUCUACAACCAGGAAACGCUCGUGAGAACAACGAACCAGAUGCUUCGUAUCAGCCAAACUCCGACGUAGUGAUGAAUCUUGCGACAACCUGUAAUCUUCUUCACACGCAGGUACAACAGUUACAGGAUUCGAUGUCGGAGAUAAAGCGUUGUAUGUCGAGUCUGCAAUCUAAAUCGGCGACACAAGUGGAUCACGGUGUUGCUACGCAAACUGAAAUAUCGGCUGUGCAUACUCCCGCGGGCGAGGAGAAUACAUUUCCUUAUGGUCGACCAGCACAUCGUCCACAAUCGUUGUCAAUUCAGACGAUACACGAAGGUAACGAGAGCAAAUGUUUCGCAACGAAUCUCGUCGAGACGGUCUUCAAAAAAGUAUCACAAUCGACAGACACAACCGACGACGAGAUAAACACCGAUAUUUUGAAUUCCAACGAGAAUCCCGAACAUCUGAAUUCUAUUGAACAUCCGGACAUGUUCAAGAGUUGUGAGGAAAUAGUCGGAAGUGAAUUCAAGGACAUCGAGGACGACCCUGACACUCGAGACGACGAUGUACCUGAGGUUGAAAAUAUUUGCGAAGAAAUUCUUUGUAAAGAGUUACACAGUUUUAUCGAAACCGAGAGCAACAACAGUCGAAGAAGCAAUACUGACAGCGAAAAAGACGUUAAUUCGGAGGAGAAUGCGAGAGCAAAGCCCGAUUUGGAGUAAAAAAUUGAAAAAAAAAAGAGAGAAAGUAAAAUCGAAACAAAAAGCCUCGGUGGAGAUUAACGAAAUAACGAACAAUCAUUUCUCAUAUGUUGUGAAAUAAGCGUAAAUCGUUCAUUUUUAUUUUUAUCUCCAUUCGCUAUCGUUAUCGUGAAUCGCGAGCUUUAACCAAAAAAACAUUCUUCACUGUAUAUAAUAAUAUAACACUGAAACAAAACGAGCUCUCCCAUCGAAGUUAAAAAUUUGCAAACACGCGCGAUUAUAAUUCCGUUUCUCUAUACUUUGUCUCAUCUUUUCGUAAAAAGUCUCACGCUCCGAGUGUUGCUCAAUUGUAAUAACGAAACAAAACAAAAAUUUUUAAAGAUUUUCAAAUCGUCACUCUAUCGCUAAAAGCCACGCGCGUUGUGUUGAUGUUAAAUUUUACUGCAAAAUCCGUAUGAGGAAAAAAAAUUAUCCUUCGAGCUAAUUCGAGAAUAAAAAGCGUCACAAUCACGGGAUAGACUCAAUGAGCUUUCUCGAUAUGUCUAUCCGUCCAUCCUUCAUACAAAAAAUAAAAAAACCUCAAAGAUUUACUGAAUGCAAAUUACGUCGAAAAAGAUGGUUUUGAAUGCGUGUCAAAAAUUGCGAUCUUCUUCCUGCGCGACCUGUGAUUUUUUGGCUUCUAGAAUGUAAUAAGAAUCGACUUUUUUCUCAAACAUUAUCUUGAUUACACGUAACAAACGUUUGAUCACGUCGAUCAAAAUUUCGAAGGUCGCAUUACAAUUUGAAUUUGGUUUGCAUGAAAGAUAUCAGAAUUUCUUUUUAUAAAAAUUCUUCCACGCCGUCAACAUGAGUUUGAAAUUUUUGUUACUGCGCGCACAAAAUCUUACAAAUACGUUUGUCACAGCUCGCUCAGGAAAAAUUCCAUGGAAAUACACGAUGAGUGAUUGAGAAUUAACUCAUUUUGAUAAGAUAAUCAGUUGUCUGCAAAUCCUUGAAUGAAGAAGUCAUUUCGAAAUCUAUGACCUAAAAAUUUCUCGAAAUCGUACUCACUCUGUUCACACUGUCAAUUUUUCCAUUCAAUUUGAAUCUGGAAUAUCCUCGAUAUGAGACUAAAACGGUGAGACGACGAUAUUUAACUAUUAUAAAAUGAUAAAAGAAAAAAAAAAACAAAUCGAAUCGUAUAUGCAGAAGAAAUGAUCGAAGAUAUUUUAACGUAGUCUAGUCACAGUGGCUUGUAUAUUUAGGUAGCUCGAAGCUAUUUACCUAACCGCUAGGAUUGUUAUGUAGGUAAUACAACUUGUUGGCUUUAGAGAAGUCAAUUUUGAAUGACUUAAAACUCCCCAUGACAAUUCUGAAUUUAAUUGAUUUAUGCAUAGGUACAAUUAUCCGGACAUUUCUUAAGUUAAUGCAAACCUCAACGUCAUUAGUGAAUAAGCUUGUCGUUUUUUAAUGCCAAAGAAAAGGAACAAAAAUACAUGUACACAUAUACACAAAAUUUCGGUUUAUCGUUCAACGAAAUUGAAAUGUAUGAUGUUUAAAACAUCAAAGCUUCUUGUUAGUGGUGCUUACAAAGCUUUUUUAGCGAAUGCAGCACCAUGUCAAGAUUUUAACCUUAAUAUAAGUGUUUUUUCGACUGUAUUCCGAACUGAGAUUACAUACAUACAUUCCUUCAACGAAUUUUCCCACGAACUAGUGAUGAGACGAUUAUUGAAAUACAAAAAUAAUUGUCGCCUAAAA